UGUGUGUGUGUGUGUGUGUGUGUGUGUGUGUGUGUGUGUGUGUGUGUGCGUGUGUGUGUGUGUGUGUGUGUGUGUGUGUGUGUGUGUAUGUCCGUGUGUGAGAGAAAGAGAGAGAGUGACAGAGGGGGCGUUACGAUGGCUUGGACCUAUAAGUUAUCCAUUGCGUAAAGGGACUCUUAAUUCUUGGCUGUAAUCUGCAAGCCACUGGACACGUAGAUGACACACUGCACUGUUCUCCUUUUUAAAGGCACUCCGAGGGGAAGCAGGACGAGAUCAUGGACACUGAGAGUUUGAUUCAACACAUGGAAAGAGAAGUACAGGCUACGUCGGUGCCAGACUGGAUGGAGGACACGAAUGAGACCAUGGGGAAUAAAUUCCAGCAGCCUGACUGGCAGGUGGCUCUGUGGGCAUUAGCAUACUCCCUUAUCAUUCUGGUGUCUGUCACUGGGAACGUCACGGUCAUCUGGAUCAUUCUGGCCCACCGGCGAAUGAGGACUGUGACCAACUACUUUAUCGUCAACCUGGCCUUCUCUGAUGUUUCCAUGGCAACGUUCAACACCCUGUUCAACUUUGUCUAUGCGCUGCACAACGACUGGUACUUUGGCUUGGGCUAUUGUCGAUUCCAGAACUUCUUCCCCAUCACCGCCAUGUUUUCGUCAAUUUACUCCAUGGCUGCCAUCGCAGUGGACAGAUACAUGGCCAUCAUCCACCCUUUGAAGCCCCGCCUCUCCUCCACCUCCACCAAGGUUGUGAUCACGCUCAUAUGGAUCAUGGCAAUCUUACUGGCGUUCCCACAGUGCUACUACAGCGUGACCAGGUUUUACUACCCCAGAACUGUUUGUAUGGUCGACUGGCCGGACAACUAUGGAGGAACCCAUCAACUCAGCUACCAGUUUGCCGUGAUAUUGCUGAUCUACCUGUUCCCCCUGCUGGUAAUGCUGGUCACCUACAGUUUGGUAGGCAGGACCCUGUGGGGAGGUCACAUCCCAGGGGAGGCCUCGGACCACUACCACAGCCAGAUCACAGCAAAGAGAAAGGUAGUAAAGAUGAUGGUUGUUGUGGUGGUGACCUUUGCUCUGUGCUGGUUGCCCUACCACACCUACUUCAUACUGGCAUCAUUCAAUAGAGACAUUUACAAGGAACAUUACAUUCAACAGGUUUACUUGGCCAUUUUUUGGUUGGCAAUGAGCUCGACUAUGUACAACCCUAUUAUUUACUGCUGUCUGAACCAAAGGUUCCGUGCUGGUUUCCGUCACGCCUUCUCUUGGUGUCCCUUCAUCAAGGUGUCAGAGGAGGACAAGAUGGAGCUGCAGCACACACAUACCUUUAGAGUGACCAUGACACGUGGUCAAGGCAAUAGCAGCGCGCACACGUCCAUACACGCAAACAACACUUGUGACGCAAGCAAAGGCUGUGGGCAAGGUUCAUGCACAUUGUAAAGGAUGACAUCAUAAGGACAUUCCAAAUGUAUUAUUCUUUAUGUCACAUGUGUCAAAGUCAAGGCCCGAGGGCCAGAUCUGCCACGUCACGUUACUCAAUGUGGUCUGCCACGCCUUUCAACGUGACCUGUUAUGUUAUUUAUUGUGGCCUCCACGUUAUAUUCAAUGCGAUCUGUUACAUCAUUUUAAAUUUAAUGUGGUUUGCAAAGUCACAGGGCAUGCAAAUUUGAUGUGGUCUGCCACACUAUUUACAUUGCAUCCGGAAAGUAUUCACAACGCUUCACUUUUUCCACAUUUUGUUCCAAAAUGGAAUACAUUAAUUUUGGGCGUUAAAAUUCUGCACAGAAUAUCCCAUAAUGACAAUGACAUUUUUGCAAAUGUGGUAAAAAUUAAAAACAUGUACAUACUGUAAGUAUUCAGAGCCUUUGCUCAAUACUUUGUUGACGCACCUUCGACAGCCUAAUUACAGCCUCGAGUCUUUUUUAUUACAAUGCACACG